GACCGCGUCUGUCAAAUCUGCUGUGUUUGGCUGUGUUUUAGUUCUGCUUUAUGCUAAGCGGUUUUUCGAGUUUAUAUUGAAGAAAAAUCGAGAUGUAUGAACAAGAUGAAGAUCAAUUUGAAGAAGAAGAUGCGGAAGAAAUCAGUUCCGAUUUGUGGCAAGAAGCUUGUUGGAUCGUUAUUAACGCAUAUUUUGAUGAAAAAGGUCUUGUUCGCCAACAAUUGGAUAGUUUCGACGAAUUUAUACAAAUGUCUGUGCAAAGAAUCGUCGAAGAUUCCCCCGCAAUUGAUUUACAAGCGGAAGCUCAACACACAAGGGGCGAAAUUGAAACACCCCCUCGAUAUUUAUUAAAAUUCGAACAGAUUUAUCUUUCUAAACCGACACAUUGGGAAAAAGAUGGAGCCCCAUCUCCAAUGAUGCCUAAUGAAGCUAGGUUAAGAAACCUUACAUAUUCAGCUCCUUUAUAUGUUGAUAUCACAAAAACUGCAAUAAAAGAAGGUGAAGAUCCGGUUGAAACGCAACAUCAAAAAACGUUUAUUGGGAAAAUUCCGAUUAUGCUUCGCUCAACUUAUUGUUUACUUAAUGGAUUAACCGAUCGUGAUUUAACAGAGUUGAAUGAAUGUCCUUUAGAUCCGGGGGGUUAUUUUAUUAUUAACGGUUCAGAAAAAGUAUUGAUUGCUCAAGAAAAAAUGGCAACAAAUACUGUUUAUGUUUUUUCAAUGAAAGACGGAAAAUAUGCAUAUAAAUCAGAAAUACGUUCAUGUUUAGAGCAUAGUUCACGUCCAACCUCAACAUUGUGGGUUAAUAUGAUGGCUAGAGGCGGUCAAGCGAUUAAAAAAGCAGCCAUUGGUCAACGAAUCAUAGCUAUUUUACCAUAUAUAAAACAAGAAGUUCCAAUUAUGAUUGUUUUUCGAGCUUUGGGUUUUGUUGCUGAUCGCGAUAUUUUAGAACACAUCAUUUACGAUUUUGACGAUCCCGAAAUGAUGGAAAUGGUCAAACCAUCUUUAGAUGAAGCUUUUGUCAUUCAAGAACAAAAUGUAGCGUUAAAUUUUAUUGGAGCUCGUGGUGCUCGACCGGGUGUUACCCGCGAAAAACGUAUUAAAUACGCUCGAGAAAUUUUACAAAAAGAAAUGCUUCCUCACGUUGGUGUUUCUGAUUUCUGCGAAACAAAAAAAGCUUAUUUCUUAGGUUAUAUGGUACAUAGAUUGUUAUUAGCUGCUUUAGGACGAAGAGAAUUAGAUGAUCGAGAUCAUUAUGGAAAUAAACGAUUAGAUUUAGCCGGGCCGUUAUUGGCGUUUUUAUUUAGAGGGUUAUUUAAAAAUUUAAUGAAAGAGGUUCGAAUGUACGCCCAGAAAUUUAUUGAUCGCGGAAAAGAUUUCAGUUUAGAUUUAGCGAUUAAAACAAAAUUGAUUACUGAUGGUUUACGUUAUUCUUUGGCUACGGGAAAUUGGGGCGAUCAAAAGAAAGCUCAUCAAGCCCGAGCUGGUGUUUCGCAAGUAUUGAAUCGUUUAACGUUUGCUUCGACUUUAUCUCAUUUAAGACGUGUUAAUUCCCCAAUUGGUCGAGAUGGUAAAUUAGCUAAACCUCGACAAUUACAUAAUACUUUAUGGGGUAUGGUUUGCCCUGCUGAGACGCCGGAGGGUGCCGCUGUUGGUUUGGUUAAAAAUCUUGCUUUGAUGGCUUAUAUUUCGGUUGGUUCGCAACCUUCACCGAUUUUGGAAUUUUUGGAAGAAUGGAGUAUGGAAAAUUUGGAAGAAAUUGCCCCCUCAGCUAUAGCAGAUGCAACAAAAAUCUUUGUUAAUGGUUGCUGGGUUGGGAUUCAUCGAGACCCCGAACAACUUAUGGCUACGUUACGAAAAUUAAGAAGACAAAUGGAUAUUAUCGUAUCAGAGGUAUCAAUGAUUCGUGAUAUUCGAGAUCGCGAGAUUCGAAUUUAUACAGAUGCAGGCAGAAUUUGUAGACCACUUUUAAUCGUCGAAAAUGGACAAUUACUUUUAAAGAAAAGUCAUGUUGAUAUGUUAAAAGAAAGGGAUUAUACACAUUAUGGGUGGCAAGUUUUAGUUGCCUCAGGUGUGGUUGAAUAUAUCGAUACGUUAGAAGAAGAAACAGUCAUGAUUGCGAUGACACCCGAUGAUUUGCGACAAGAUAAAGAAUAUGCUUAUUGUACCACUUAUACACAUUGCGAAAUUCAUCCUGCAAUGAUUUUGGGAGUUUGUGCUUCGAUUAUUCCAUUUCCCGAUCAUAAUCAAAGUCCUAGGAAUACUUAUCAGAGUGCUAUGGGUAAACAAGCUAUGGGAGUCUACAUAACAAAUUUCCAUGUCCGGAUGGAUACCUUAGCCCACGUUUUAUAUUACCCCCAUAAACCACUUGUUACAACACGUUCGAUGGAAUAUUUACGAUUCAGAGAAUUACCCGCUGGGAUUAAUAGCAUCGUAGCAAUUUUAUGCUACACCGGGUAUAAUCAAGAAGAUUCCGUUAUUUUAAAUGCAUCAGCUGUUGAAAGAGGUUUUUUCCGUUCUGUUUUUUAUCGUUCGUAUAAAGACGCUGAAUCAAAACGAAUGGGUGAUCAAGAAGAACAAUUUGAGAAACCCACCAGGCAAACAUGCCAAGGAAUGCGAAACGCCCUCUAUGAUAAAUUAGAUGAUGAUGGGAUUAUCGCACCUGGAGUAAGGGUUUCCGGGGAUGAUGUGGUUAUUGGAAAAACGGUUACUUUACCGGAACAUGAUGAUGAGUUGGAUGGGACAACUAAACGAUUUACAAAAAGAGAUGCUUCAACGUUUUUAAGAAACAGUGAAACUGGCGUUGUUGAUCAAGUUAUGAUUACAUUAAAUUCAGAGGGUUAUAAAUUUUGUAAAAUUCGUGUUCGAUCAGUUCGAAUUCCCCAAAUUGGUGAUAAAUUUGCUUCUCGUCACGGACAAAAAGGAACCUGUGGGAUACAAUAUCGACAAGAAGAUAUGCCGUUUACUUGCGAAGGUUUAACACCUGAUAUUAUAAUUAACCCCCACGCUAUUCCAUCGCGUAUGACAAUCGGCCAUUUAAUUGAAUGCUUACAAGGAAAAGUUUCUGCUAAUAAAGGUGAAAUUGGCGAUGCAACUCCAUUUAACGAUGCUGUAAACGUACAAAAAAUUUCAACUUUGCUACAAGAAUAUGGUUAUCAUUUAAGAGGAAAUGAAGUUAUGUAUAACGGACAUACAGGAAGAAAAAUUAACGCGCAAGUUUUUUUGGGACCAACUUAUUAUCAACGUUUAAAGCACAUGGUUGACGAUAAAAUUCAUUCGCGAGCGAGAGGUCCGGUACAAAUUUUAGUUAGACAACCUAUGGAAGGUCGUGCUAGAGAUGGAGGAUUACGUUUCGGCGAGAUGGAACGAGAUUGUCAAAUUUCGCACGGAGCCGCUCAAUUUUUAAGGGAACGCUUAUUUGAAGUUUCCGAUCCGUAUCGAAUUCAUAUUUGUAAUUUUUGCGGGUUAAUCGCAAUCGCUAAUUUACGAAAUAAUACUUUUGAAUGUAAAGGGUGUAAAAAUAAGACUCAAAUUAGUCAAAUUCGAUUACCCUACGCCGCCAAGUUAUUGUUCCAAGAAUUGAUGUCCAUGAAUAUUGCACCGAGGUUAAUGGUUAUUUAAAAAAUGAAUUGUAUUUUUAAAGUAGAGUAAGUUUAAUUUGUAAAAUUUAUAAUGAUUAAAGUU